CGGUUGCCCCGCCCUGCGACGCCGGGGGGCGGGGACCGCGGGGCCUUCCGGCUACACCGCACCCCAGGCCACUUCCCCGUCCGGCCCUGGAGGGGUAGCGCCGGCCGGGCUGGCGCCGAGGGACACGGCAGGGCCGCGGCCACUGUGCUGAGCAAGCCUUUCCAUGGAGGAUGCCAGCGAGGACCCCACCACAUUCACUGCCCAUUCUCUGCCCAGUGACCCCCGGCUCUUGGCUGCUGUGACCAAUGUGUACCUGGGCACACGUGUGUAUCACGAUACACUCCAUGUGAGUGGCGUGUACAAUGGGGCUAGGGGGGACACGCACCGGGCCAUUCUGCCCAGUCCCCUCAACGUCCGGCUGGAAGCCCCUGCAGGGACAGGAGAGCAGCUGACUGAGAGCUUUGUCCUGGACACUAGCACAGGCUCCUUCCUGCAUGCCCUGGAGGGCCCCAGCUUCCGGGCCUCCCAGCGCAUCUAUGCCCACCGCACGCUGCCUCACGUCCUGGCCUUCAGUGUGUCCAUCACCCGUGUGGCCGCAGGGAGCUGGCCCAUCUCGGUGCUGCUGCGGUCAGCCUUUUCCCCAGAAAGCCCGGACCUGGACCUGUACCUGGGUCCAGACUUCCUGGGAGCCCGGUACCUGUAUGGCCACACGCUCAUCCCUGAGCAGCCUGGGGGGCUGCAGCAGGAGCUGCACAUGCUGUGGACACCAGUGCCCCCAGCCCUGACCCUCGGGGAAGGCGAGGAGGACAGGACCUGGGAGUUCCUGACCGUGGUGGGUGGCAGCCAGGCUGAGGCCCGGGCCUGCCUCGCCGAGGCCCUGCAGCUGCAGGCCGGGGGUGCUCUGUACACUGCCCACACCCAGGCCUGGGCCCAGCUCUGGGCAGGCUGUGGCCUGGAUGUGGUGGGGCCCCUGCCCCUGCGCCAGGCCCUGCGUGGUGCCCUCUACUACCUGCUCAGCGCCCUGCCCCAGCCCGGGGCCCCAGGAUACAUCUGCCACGGCCUCAGCCCUGGGGGCCUCUCCAAUGGGAGCCGUGAGGAAUGCUACUGGGGCCACGUCUUCUGGGACCAGGGCAGGACGUGGGCAGGUGGGGAGAGCGGAAGAGGUGAGAGACGAAACAGGGACCCUGCGGCUGUGUCUCAGGAUCUCUGGAUGUUCCCGAAUGUCCUGCUGUUCCACCCAGAGGCCGCAAGGGCUCUCCUGGAGUACCGCAUCCGGACGCUGGGCGGGGCCCUGGACAACGCCCGGACCCUGGGCUACCAGGGAGCCAAGUUUGCCUGGGAGAGCACGGGCUCCGGCCUGGAGGUCUGCCCUGAGGACAUUUAUGGGACCCAGGAGGUCCACAUCAACGGGGCAGUGGUGUUGGCCUUCCAGCUGUAUUAUCACGCCACCAAGGACCUGCAGCUCUUCCAAGAGGCUGGUGGCUGGGACGUGGUCAGUGCUGUGGCUGAGUUUUGGUGUAGCCGUGUGGAGUGGAGCCCAGAGGAGGAGAAUUACCACCUGAGGGGAGUCAUGCCCCCCGACGAAUACCAUGCAGGAGUCAACAACUCCGUGUACACCAACGUCCUGGUCCAGAACAGCCUGCGCUUUGCUGCGGCCCUGGCCCAGGACCUGGGUCAGCCCGUCCCCAGCCGGUGGCUGGUGGUGGCUGAUAAGAUCAAGGUGCCCUUUGACCCGAAGCGGAACUUCCACCCUGAGUUUGAUGGGUACCAGCCUGGAGAGGAGGUGAAGCAGGCAGAUGUCGUGCUGCUGGGGUACCCUGUCCCCUUCCCCCUGAGUCCUCAAGUUCGCAGGACAAACCUGGAGAUUUAUGCGGCUGUGGUAUCCCCCCGGGGCCCCGCCAUGACCUGGAGCAUGUUUGCCGUGGGCUGGAUGGAGCUGAAGGACCCUGGAAAGGCACGUGACCUCCUGGAGAGGAACUUUGCCAACAUCACCGAGCCCUUCAAGGUGUGGACGGAGAAUGCAGACGGGUCGGGCGCCGUGAACUUCCUGACCGGCAUGGGGGGCUUCCUGCAAGCAGCGCUCUUUGGUUUCACGGGGUUCAGGAUUACCAGGGCCGGGGUGACCUUCGACCCCAUGUGUCCAGCGGGCGUCUCUGGAGUGUGCAUCUGGGGCAUCUCCUACCAGGGGAGCAAGCUUGACUUCUCCUUCUCCAAGGACACUGUGACAGUCGAGGUCACAGCCCCCACAGGGCCCGGGGCCGCCCCGCUGGAGGCUGAGCUGUGGCCAUCACUGGCUCGGCUCCCCCUGCCCCCAGGACACAAGAUUUCCUUUCCCUGUUCAGCUGGCCGGAUACAGAGGUCACUCUCAUAGGAAGCUGGGGCAGCAGGUUUGCUCCAGGAGUUUCCUGCAAGAACUUUUUGAAGACCUUAGAGGCCUGCUCCAGAGCCCACAGGACCGCCUGUGGACACUCUUGGGCCCUCCAGCCCCACCGAGUCCCUCACCAGAUGCUGUCCUGGCACUGCCCCUAAAUGACCAGGGCUGUUGGCUCCAGGGAUGUUCUUGGGUCCUUCCCUCUGGCCACUCCCUCUGCAGGUGCCCUUCUUCGAUGCCCUCUUGGCCUGCCAUCCCCCUCACCCACCCUGCCCCUGGCAGCCAGGCGCGCGGGCUCCAGGGAAAGUCUGGAUUCUGUGGCCUGAGGUUCACGACAGUCUUCCUCUCACCUGAGCCCCUCCCAGCCUAAGCCCCCUUGAUGAGCGGCUUCCCUAUGGCCUCCCACAGCAGCCACAUCUGGAUCUGCUGUCCCUCAGUGCCCCUUCCCCAGGACGCCACAGGACAGGGCUGGGGAGAGGCUCUGCUGAGAAGGCAGAGGAGGGCACAGUCCUCCAUGAGGAGGACGGCAGGACGAGGGCAUUGGGGAGGGGACUCAGUCCCUGCAGGACUCUCAAUUGCAGCUUCACCACAAAGGAACUUUCUGUAUCACACAACUGAGCAUCAGGCAUGGCUGAGUAUAGGUGCUCUUGGGCUGUCACAGAGACCGCAUCCUCAGUCCUUGGCUCCUGUGGCCGCUGGGCCACUUCAGUCAGGUUGGAUGGCCUCCGUCACAUGCCUUUCCUCAGUCGGGAAGGGAGGGGGUGGGAUGUGGAGCAAGACCCUUCAUCUUCCCUCUGACCAGCCAGAAGGACGGGCAAGUGUGCAUGGCUUCAAGGCCACGGCCCUGGGCCCAUCUGUCCUGUGCAGGCUGCCUAUGGCCAGAGGCUCUGCCCAGGUCUCCUGGGGCUUCAGGCCCUCGGUUGGCAUGUCCAGCUUGGGUCCUCCGGGGUGUCCCAGGAGUGAGGGGAGAUGGCACCUGCCGCUGAGCAAGGUGGUGAGGAAUUAAAAUUUGGUGCUGGGAGAA